AUGGAUGUUUCUGAUGAAAGAAUAAAUUUCAAUGAUCAAUGUUCACCAUCAGAGGUAGAAGAUAACAAUGAAUCUUAUAAUUUAAAUGGAGAAAUUUCUUCUACAUUUUCAGUAAUAAACAAUGAAAUUUAUAAUGAUCAUUAUGUUAAUCAUAUGUAUACCAAUUUACCAGAAGAUGAUUUUAUAGUUAAUUCUUUUGAAAAUUUUGAAGAAGGUUCAUUAUUUAAUUGUCAUUCCUUCUUCUCUAAUUCAAAUACCUUGUCUGAUUCUGGUGUAUGUUCCCCAUCUAUGGAUAUCAAUUUAAUUCCCCUACCAAUAGAGUAUGAAGAAAAAAAUUUACCUUAUUAUUUAAAUCAACCAAAUAUAGAAAUUUUAUCAUCAAAUAAUAUUUCUACCCUAUACGACACCCCAAAAAAUGAUGAUGAUAAAAAUUAUGAUAAUCAUCGAAAUGUUACAAUUAAAUUAAAUAAGAGUAAAAAAAAUAGAAAUGUGGGUAGUAAUUUAAAAAAAAAUGUUGAAAUAAUUGAUACAACUUCUGAAAGUCAUAUAUUUGCCUUAGGUAAAGGAAAUAAAAGAAUUAAUAAAUUAAAAAAUGAAAGCAGAAAAUGUAUUGACUAUAGUGAAGAAAAUAUUGAAGAUGCAAAAAAGUUACCUAUAUUGUCAAAUUUAAGUAAUCACAGAAAUGGUAGUAGUAGUAAAUUUCCUCCCCUUAUAUUAACAGAAGAGGAAAAAAAACUUUGUUUAAAGGAAGGUGUUCAUUUUCCUGAGUAUUAUCCUUUAACAAAAAAUGAAGAAAAAGAGUUAAAAAGAAUUAGGAGAAAAAUAAGAAAUAAAAAAUCAGCUCAAGAAAGUAGAAAAAGGAAACAGGAUUAUAUAAAAGCAUUAGAGGAAAAAGUUUGUAAAUGUGAGUAUGAGAACAAACAUUUAAAGUACAGACUUGAAUGUUCAAGUAAUGAAAAUAAAAAUAUAAUAGUUCAAUUACGUAAACUUCAAUCAGAAAUAAAUAAAGAUACUAUAGAUGGUAGUAAUUUAUCUACUUCUUUAGUUAUUACAUUUCUCUCAGUUUACUUUCUUGUAAAUCAUUUUUUCUUAUCAUUAUCAAAAAAUAGUAAAAUCAGUCAGAAUGGUAAUAUAUGUGAGCAAAUACAUUUUACAGGUAGCAAACUAUUUUUAGGGUCUGUAUUGAAUAAUAAUGUUAGAUUCUCUCAACCUUUAGUUGAUUUUGACUAUCCCAGAAGAUGUGUUGUUGGUACAAAAACAUCAAAGUAUCAUAAUAAGAUGUCACGAGAAAGGCUGAGUUAUCAAUUAAAAAAUAUAAAUGAUAAAAAUAAUUUAUUAAUUGUUGAUUUGUCACGUAGUGGAUUAUUGUCAUUACCUAAUGAAAUAAAUAAGGUAUCACAUCAAAUUAAACAUCUUAUUUUGGAUGGUAAUUAUUUAAAUGAGUAUUCAUUUAACAAUCAUUAUUUUCCAAGAUUAGAAAGUCUUUCAUUAAACUCAAAUAAUAUAAAAAAUGUUGGUGUAUUUCUUCAAAUAAUGAGAAGACAAACUCCUAACUUAACAUUUAUAAGUUUAAUUGAAAAUCCUGGUUGGCCACAUCCAAUAACAUACCUCAAAAAUAUACAUUUAUACAAAAAAUAUUGCAAAAUAAUUAUUAAUUUCUUUCCAAAAUUGUUAUUUUUAGAUUCUCUAAAAGUUUGUAAAUAA